AUGGCGCCGCCGAAUACUCCUUUCAUCUACAUCCUAUGGAACUUGUACCUUGAGCCUGUCUUUGCGCUUGGCGGGGUAUACAAACUGCUCUUCGGCCCGGAGAGCUACUUUGACUUUAUGCCGUCGACGGCGACCUACAGCGCCUCAUCACAGAUAGUGUGCAACCAAUUGGCAGCGGCGUACAUCUUGUUUGCAUUUGUAGAGGGGGUGCUGUUGCGGGUUGUGGAUGAUAAGAGGACGUGGCGGUGGAUCUUGUUUGGGCUGUUGCUGUGCGAUCUGGGGCAUUGCUAUGCUGCGUGGUGUGAGAUGGGGUAUACGCUUUUUGGGCCGGAGGGGUGGGGUGGGAAAGAUGGGGUCACGAAUAGUUUGAAUUUGCUGCCGGUGUUGAUUCGGAUGGGGUAUCUGCUGGGGAUUGGGGUGCCCGAGGGAGUGACGAAGAGGAGGGCUUGA